ACAGAUAAAAGAUGUUUGGGAAGACUUAGCGAUGACGUCAGAGCUCCGAAAGACUAAACAAAUAAAUAGGAGAUAAUAAGAUGCUGGGAUGUGACGUCACGGGAAGCUAUCAGUCCGUAAGAGACCAACAGCAGAAGGCGGUUCCUGGUUCCUGAAGGCAACAAUGACCCGGUGGACCUUCUUCACGGCUGUGGCCGCGCUGUGCGUGCAGCUCUGCUCAGUUAGUAAAUCCUGCUCCAUCAGGACCAGCGGCGGGACCAGCGCCAGGACCAGCGCCGGGGCCGUGGUGCAGCGAGGCUCCAUCUUCCAGGUGUACUGCACCUUCAGCUGCAGGUGCAGGGGGCCCAUGCACAUGUACAGCCGCCACCCGCCCGUACCGCAGAGCCACCGGCCGCUGAACGCUACCACGAUCUAUUAUAACGUGACAAACGUCAACAAGAACAGAACGUUCAGCUGCUCGUGUCAAUGUUCUCCGGCGCCGCUCGAUUCCUGCGGACUGGACAUCUCGGCUGGAUAUUUACCUGAGCGCCCCGAAAACAUGUCGUGCAUCUACGAGGUCAAAGACGAUGACGGGGGAGUCGUGUCCUGCACCUGGAACACAGGACGGGACACUUUCCUGUGGACCCGUUCAGCGCUGCGGGUGAGGACUGGGUAUGAAAACCACACUGAUGGACCAGUGCGGUACAAAGUUUCCCCUAAGGGAACCGGUUGGUCGUCAGCUAACUUCACUGUGUCCGGUUCUGUCCGGCGGAUCUCCGUGUGGGCAGAAGUCGAAAAUGAUCUGGGCUCUGCAGUGUCCGUCACCAGGAACUACACACUCUGGGACAUCGCGAUGCCCGGGCCUCCUGCUCUCGGCCCACCCGUGUGCUCCUCCUGGGGGUGCGUCCUCCGAGUGGAGCGGUCUGCGCUGACUCGGCACCUGGAGGUCCAAUACGGAGCGGCGGCACGACCGUGGACCUCCUCUCCAGAGCCGACGGGUUCGGUAGCGGAGCGGAACGUCUCCAUCUCGCCUCUGGAGCCCUACACCGGGUACCACUUCAGGGCCCGGUCCAAGUUCAGCACCGGCCUGUGGAGUCAGUGGAGCGCCAACGUCUCCGGCUGGACUCAAGAGGAAGCUCCUGCCAAAGAAUUGGAUGUGUGGUUCGCCGAAUCCGCCUCUGACUUCAGUUCCCUGAUGGUUUACUGGAAGCAGCCGGACGUCCUGGCGGCUCGAGGGAGGAUCUCAGGGUUCAGAGUGCGAGUGGACGACCGGCGCUCCGGCCCGGUGUUCACGGCUGACGUCGGCGCCGACGUCACCAACCAGUCGGUCCUCUUCUGCCCCAACUGUGAAGUCAUAGUGUGGGCGUGCAACUCCAGAGGGCCGUCGCCUCCGGCCAGGAUCACAACCCACCACACACGAGUGAAGGUGCAGCAGGUGGCGCCCCCUCAGGACGUGAAGGUAACUGCAGGUAACCAAAGUGUCGCCAUCUCCUGGAGGAAGCGUGCCACUGCACCGCCCCACGCGGCCCACGUGGUGGAGUGGUUCCCACAGGGCCUGAAGCUGCAGGAGCUCCGGUGGGUCCGACUGACCGCGGAGGACCACCACACCGUCAUUACAGGUAUUGAGCCAUUUGAGUGCUACGAGGGAGCGGUGCAUGUCGUCUGCAAUGGCAGCUCAGUGAGUAGCACCAGGUUUCCGGGCGUGGCCACUCUGACCUCAGCCCCGUCGGCCGGUCCGUCGGUCCAAAAGACGGUGGAGGGGAACCAAGUGACGGUGACCUGGACGGAGAUCCCCAGAGGUCAGCGCGGGGGUUGCAUCACCGAGUACACCGUCUAUCUAGGCAGCAAAGAACAACAGCGUAUCUCCGUGCCGGCGUCGGAGAGGAGGCGCGUCAUCAGAGACCUGUCUCCAGCCGGCUACACCCUGUGGAUGACGGCUUCCACGGCUCGAGGAGAAGGCCGUGCAGGUCAAAAGGUCACUUUCUCCAUCCAGCAGGACACGCCCCUCUACCCCCUGGUGCUGUGUGCCGUCGCCACCCUGAUCGGGAUGGUUCUGAUGUGUCUGUACCACAUUUCAGCCGUGAAGAAGAGGGUCUGGGUGUAUCUUCAGUGCCUCAUGCUGGACGUCGUGCCGGACCCCGCGAACAGCAAAUGGGCCCGAGCGUGUUCUCAGGACACGGUAAUAACACACAAACUAAAGCUGUUGAGUUGCACCUCGACAGAUCCGAGGCUCAGCCUGCGUCUCCCCUCCACACAGGGCGAGGUCCACCUGCAGCCGAGCAGCUCCGGCGUCGCCGAGGAGGAAGAGGAGCCCAUCCUGGUGGACGUGGAGGAGCUGCCCAAGCAGAGCGGCGUCUCCUCGGGGGGGCGGGCGGAGGCGGCCGGCGCGCUCCACCCGCCCACCAACUACAUCAAGAGCUUCUCCCACUCGGACUCGGAGAGCUCCGACCGCACGCAGAGCUCUCUGGACACCGGCACCACCGUGGACUACAUCUCAUCCCACGGGCUGGGAAGCAUGGAGGAGGAGGAGGAGGAAGAGGAAGAGGAGGAGGAGUUUACAGGAAUGCUGGGUUUCUUCCCCAGUCACAACAUGUUCACAGGACCGAUGCAGCUCGGAGGGACGUUGACUCUGAACGCCGUCAAAAUCGACUGCAGAGACUUCUUUCUUCCAGAACUGUGUCGUCCUGAAACCUGAAACCCAAAGAGGGAGACGAGGUCUGGGUGGAAAACAAUAGAGGAAGAAGACUAGUGGGAACAAUGGCUGGCGGGUUUCUGUUUCUGUGUCCUAUUCUCAUGAACUACCUCUGAAACUGUAACUGUUUGUUUACAGGUAAUGUGACAUCAGUUAGACUGAGGGUUGAGAUCUAAACGGGGCUUUUUUUCUUCUUUUGAUCAAAUCUAUAUCGGAUAAAUAUAUAUAUCUAUAAAAUGAAUAUAUAUUUAUAUAAAUAUAUUUAUAUAUACAUAUAUAAAUAUAAUAAAAUUAAUAUUUAUUUACAUAUAUAAAUGAUAUGUAUAUUUAUUUACAUAUAUAUAAAUUAAAAUAUAUAUAUUUAUAAAAACAAUAUGUAAUUAUGUGUAUCUAUACAUAUUUUAUAAAUAAUUAAAAUAAUAAUAAUUCCAAAGGAAAAAAGAAGGGUUGCAGGCAAGUCAGAUGCAGAAAGAUGUCCUCGAGUCUGGACUUCCAAAUCUAGAGUUCAAAAGUACACUAGUCUGUACUGUAAGUUUAUUUCUGGUUGACAGGAAGUAAACGUGGGCUCAAUCUGUUGAAGCGCCCUCCUAGUGGCCGCAUCUUUAAAUACAUCAAUGCUACCUCAGCCUAAGCAGGAGGAUUACUAUACUCCAUGACUUCUUCUUUUUGCUAUCCUCUCACUUUGUCGAUGCAAUUAGUCAUGUAUGUUGAACAUUUUAAUUAAAAAAAGUAAUUAAG